AUGGCAGCCCCCGUGGGAUCUCUCCCGCAGCUCAGGCUGCCGUCGGGCCCGACGCCCAUCACGGCGGAGCAGCGGUACUGGCGAACCUUCAAGAAUCAGCUUCUCAUCCCGUCGCCGACGAGCUAUCCGGUGACGCACAUCUCCUGCACGAGCGACUCCUUCGCCGUCACCACGGGCACGCGGGUGCAAAUCUACUCGAAUCGCACGCGUAAGCUGCUCAAGACCAUCACCCGCUUCGGUGACGUGGCCCGCAGCGGCGAGAUCCGCCACGAUGGCAAGGUGCUCGUCGCCGGCGACGACUCGGGCAAGAUGCAAGUCUUCGACGUGAACUCGAGGGCCAUCCUCAAGACGUGGACGGAACACAAGCAGCCCGUAUGGACGACGAGGUGGUCCCCGACCGACCUGACGACCCUGCUGAGCGCGAGUGACGAUUGUACCGUGCGUCUCUGGGACCUGCCGAGCAACGAGCCGACCACGACAUUCGUGGGUCACAACGACUACGUCCGCUCGGCCCAAUUCCUGCCUGGCACCAUGUCCAACAUGAUCAUCUCAGGAAGUUACGAUUCGACCGUCAAGCUCUGGGAUCCUCGCGUCGGCAAGAACUCGGCCGUCAUGACCUUCAAGCACGCAGCACCGGUCGAGGCCGUUCUCCCCAUGCCGUCCGGCACGACCGUCCUGGCGGCGGCCGACAGCUCCGUGAGCGUGCUCGACCUCGUCGCGGCGCGGCCGCUGCACGUCAUUUCGAACCACCAGAAGACGGUGACGUCCCUCAGCCUCGCCGGCGGUGGUCAACGUCUCGUCACCGGCGGGCUCGAGGGCCACGUCAAGAUGUUCGAGACGACGGGCUGGAACGUGGUCAACAGCGCCAAGUACCAGUCGCCCAUUCUCUCCGUCCUCGUCAUCCCAUCCUCGUCGGCCGACUCGUCGCCGUCGAGCGACCGCCACCUCGCCGUCGGCAUGCAGUCCGGCGUCCUGAGCGUGCGCACCCGCCUCAGCGGAAACGAAAUGGCAAAGGAAAAGGAGCGGGAGCGGGAGAUGGCGUCGCUCAUCAGCGGCAACAUCGCCUCCUUCGACGCCAAGCAGUCGAAGAGGAAGCGCAGGAUCGAGGCCGGGAGCCGGCUGGACCUCGUCGGUGAGGGCGCCGACGUCGUCAUCGCCAACGACAGACCGACGAAGACGAAGGAGCGAGGCUGGCAGAAGGAUCUCCGACACGCCCGCUACGGCCGCGCCCUCGACCAGGUGCUCGACAAGACCUCCCCCCACCACAGGCCCCUCGACGCGCUGCAGCUGCUCCUCGCCCUGCGCCACCGGAGCGCCAUGCGCGACGCCCUCGAGGGCCGCAACGAGGAGAGCGUGCAGCCGGUCAUCAAGUGGACCUGCGGUCACAUCUGCGACCCGCGCUACGUGAGCGUCUGCGUUGAGCUCGGCCUGCACCUUCUCGACCUCUACGCCGAGUACGCCGGCGGCUCGGCCGAGCUGCACGACGGCUUCCGGACCCUGCAUAGGAGGGUCAAGGUCGAGGUCGAGAGGGCCCAGGUGGCCUGUCAGACGGGCGGCAUGCUCGAAAGUCUGGUGCUAGGGGCCAUGUGA